UUUUCAGUGUCAAGUUCACCGCUCGAUUCACCAGAAGAGUCCCUAGGUAGUCCUCAGGGUGAUUCGAGCAUCGUUGUCAGCGGUGGCUCAGGAGCUAAUAGUCCUCACAACAACACUCCCAACAGUGAAGAACCCGUCGAUUGUUUGGUUGCUGGACCUUCUUCGAAUGACGAAGCAGGAGGAGGGACUAAAAGAAGAGGUCCUCGUACCACCAUCAAGGCUAAACAGCUGGAGACAUUGAAGGCUGCUUUCGCCGCAACGCCCAAACCGACAAGGCACAUAAGAGAACAAUUAGCACAGGAAACGGGACUUAAUAUGCGUGUCAUACAGGUGAGAAUCUCUUCUGCUCAUUUUAGGAUUAAAAAUUACGUUUCAAUUCAUUCUUUAGGAAUCUUUGAAACGCUUCGAAGAAAAAUUUUUCUUUUCCCGAGUUCAAUCUAUAUUCCAUAUUACUCAACAUUUUGUGGGUCCAG